GGCCAGAGCCUGAGUCCCAUCCCUGGCACACUGGCCUGGGUGGAUGCCUGUCCACUUCUGCUUUCACUGGCCCUGAGAGGCCUUGCUCUGGAGUGCCAUUGCGGUCGCCUGCUUGCACGCGCCCGGGCGCAGGACGCCUCUCACUUCUUGCACUGCACUCCGGGGAGGCUGGAGUUUAAUCACACAAACAGUGUCCGGCUUCCUGUCCUCAUCCGCCCCCCUCCGGCCCGCUUCUCUGGUCCCUCCCUCUCCCCUGGCCUGAUCCGCCCACCAGCUCCCCCUCCCCAUCCCUCGGGUCCCGGGAUGGGGGGGCGGUGAGGCAGGCACAGCCCCCCGCCCCCAUGGCCGCCCGUCGGAGCCAGAGGCGGAGGGGGCGCCGGCGGGAGCCGGGCACCGCCCUGCUGGCCCCGCUGGUGCUGAGCCUUGGCCUGGCGCUGGCCUGCCUUGGCCUCCUGCUGGUCGUGGUCAGCCUGGGGAGCUGGGCAACGCUGUCUGCCCAGGAGCCUUCUCAGAAGGAGCUGACAGCAGAGGACCACCGGGAGCCCCCUGAACUGAAUCCCCAGACAGAGGAAAGCCAAGAUGUGGUACCUUUCUUGGAACAACUAAUCCGGCCUCGAAGAAGUGCUUCUAAAGGUCGGAAGGCACGGCCUCGCCGAGCUAUUGCAGCCCAUUAUGAGGUUCAUCCGAGGCCAGGACAGGAUGGAGCACAGGCAGGUGUGGAUGGGACAGUGAGUGGCUGGGAAGAGACCAAAAUCAACAGCUCCAGCCCUCUGCGCUAUGACCGCCAGAUCGGGGAAUUUACAGUCAUCAGGGCUGGGCUCUACUACCUGUACUGUCAGGUGCACUUUGAUGAGGGAAAGGCCGUCUACCUGAAGCUGGACUUGCUGGUGAAUGGUGUGCUGGCCCUGCGCUGCCUGGAAGAAUUCUCAGCCACAGCAGCAAGCUCUCCUGGGCCCCAGCUCCGUCUGUGCCAGGUGUCUGGGCUGUUGCCGCUACGGCCAGGGUCUUCCCUUCGGAUCCGUACCCUCCCCUGGGCUCAUCUUAAGGCUGCCCCCUUCCUUACCUAUUUUGGACUCUUUCAAGUUCACUGAGGGGUCCUGCUUUCCCAGAUUCCUUAAACUUUACCGGAGCAGCUCCCAGAGCACCAUGACACCCCCCCACCCCCCAUCCCCAACUGCUCCUUGCUCCAGUCCUGUCCUCCCCUCAAAGGCAGCCAGGGCUUGUUCACAUGUCUUCCCUUCCACAGACGUAUUCCUGUUCUUCUUGAACAUCCCAUCCCACUACAACUAUCCACCUCACUAGCUCCCAAAGCCCCCACUCAUCCCUGACUCUCCCGGCCCCAACCCCAGGACCCUGUGUUUACUGACUAUGUGCAUUAGGGACUGAGAUGGGCUGGACCUGGUGGCAGGAAGCCAAAGAACCUGGGACUAGGCCAGAAGUUCCCAAAUGUGAGGGGAAAGGGCUGGAGACAAGCUCCUCCCUGGAUCCCUGUGGAUUUUGAAAAGAUACUAUUUUUAUUAUUAUUGUGACAAAAUGUUAAAUGGAUAUUAAAGAGAAUAAAUCAUGAUUUCUCUUC